UCGGAUAAGAACCUUUUUAAAAAUAGAAAUCCGGACUGGUCGGAGCUAAUUCGAUCUAAAACUACACCUAUAAUAUCCCUGCCUGUUCACGUAUAGCAUCGCGUCUAAAUCGACCGUUUCGCGUCGUUCGUUAUGUUCGAAUGUCUAUUAAAAAAUCGUGCCCGACUCGUCGCGUAAUUAAGAGUGCAAAAUUAAUCGCACUAAAGCCAGUCUCCCUGCGAAAGGUACGCAAGAUGCGCGUUACCGGCUCGACAUGUUCGCGUUGUGCCUGAUCUACGCUCGUUUCCACGAAAGAGGCAGGUGCGGCAGGAUCAGGAUGAAGCAGGGGGAAUUGAGACGCGCCCUUCUGCUGAUCACUCUUCUUUGCGCCUUUCUUUUCUUCUACCUCUACUGGCAACAGUCGAAUAAAUACAUACCGGCCGCCAUUUACAGAUUUAGUCACAUUACAACUAACUACAAGAAACCCAUCCAGCCCCAAUGGACGUGGGACUGCGUGAACAAACGCUGCGAGCGCCGCUACGCCGACGACCCUCUCAAAGCCACCUCCCUAGCCACCUGCGGCAUGCUCUGCGGCUCCACGCAGCUCUGGCCCCAGCCCACCGGCCCCGUCACCAUGGCCAGCAAGGCGCUGCGCUUCCACCACCGGCAGCUCGCCUUCGAGAGCGCCUCGCUCGGCGCCUCCCGCUCGCUCAUCGACGAGGCCUUCGCCGUGUUCAACAGCAACGUCAUCGGCCUCACGGAGGCGCCCGACUACCCCAUAGAAGGCUCCGACGUGAGCGAGUUCACCGUUAACAUCGCCGUAUCGAACGCCGACGUGGUGAAGCUGAAGCUCAAGACGGACGAGAGCUACAGCUUGGUGUUGAAGGCGUCCGGUAAGGACGGCUUGCGCGCCGACAUAACGGCGAAGACGUUCUUCGGGGCGAGAGGCGCGCUGGAAACUCUAUCGCAGCUCAUCUGGUGGGAUCCCUACGAUCGCACGCUCAAAGUAAUCAAAGCCGCUACCGUCAGAGACAAGCCGGCGUUUCCCUACCGGGGGUUGAUGGUAGACACCUCGAGGAACUUCAUGUCGAUCGACAGUCUGAAGAGGAUGCUCGUCGGGAUGGCGGCGAACAAGCUGAACGCGUUCCAUUGGCACAUCAGCGACAGCCAGAGCUUUCCUUUGAUCGUACCCAGUCUACCGUUACUGGCCAAAACCGGUUCGUACGCGCCCGAUAUGACCUACAGUCCCGACGAAGUGAGAGACCUGGUGCACUUCGCUCGCGUCAGAGGCGUCAGGGUGAUCUUGGAAGUCGAUACGCCGGCCCACGUGGGCAACGGUUGGAGUUGGGGACCUACCGAAGGUUUGGGCGAACUGGCGGUGUGCGUGAACGAACGCCCGUGGAGCCUCUACUGCGGCGAGCCGCCGUGCGGCCAGCUGAACCCCGACAAUCCGCACGUCUACGACGUCCUGCAGAAGCUCUACGGCGAUCUGAUCGAGCUCAGCGGCGAGACGGAGCUGUUCCACAUGGGCGGCGACGAGGUGAACCUCGAGUGCUGGUCGCAGCACCUGCAGCGCACCAGCGCCGCCUACAACUACACCGAUCUGCACGAGCUGUGGGGCGAGUUCACCGUCAAGGCUCUGCAACGAUUGACCGCCGCCAACGGCGGCAAGCGCUUCCCGCACGUCAUCCUGUGGUCCAGCAAGCUCACCAAGCGGCCCUACGUUAAUAAGUACUUGGACAAGACGCGCGUCGUGGUGCAGAACUGGGGCGGCAGCCAGUGGACCGACACGCCGGAGUUGCUGAGCGACGGCUACAAGGUCAUCAUAUCGCACGUGGACGCCUGGUACUUGGACUGCGGCUUCGGCAGGUGGCGGGAGACAGGGGAGGCGGCCUGCGACCCGUACCGGCCCUGGCAGACGGCGUACCAGCACCGGCCGUGGCAGCUGCAGCGGCUCGACAAGCGGCUGAUCCUCGGCGGGGAGGCUUGCCUGUGGAGCGAGCAGUUCGACGAGGGUUCGCUGGACGCCCGGCUGUGGCCGAGGGCGGCGGCCUUCGCGGAAAGGGUGUGGAGCGAUCCGCGGUUGGACGCCGCCGCCUACGGCAUACAGGAGGACGUCUAUACCAGGCUGAACACCCAGAGAAAUAGAUUAGUGAAAAGAGGCUUAAGUGCAGAAGCUCUCUGGCCGGAAUGGUGCUCGCAAAAUCCCGGCAUGUGCCUUUGACGAAAACUUUCCGAACUAGUUCUAGUUGCAAUUAGCUUAUUCCUCGGCGGUGAUAUUAGUUUAGUGAAAAAAAUACAUGCAAGGACGGUUCUAUCGAAAAAUUGAUCUCAUUUUAUUUUGUCGUUCAAUUUUAAUCGCACUGUUAUUAUUUUAAACGUAUAAAUUAUGAUUGUAAGGUUUGUUUCGCCUGUGUUCAGAAGAUUUAUUAUCAGCUGGUUACAAUGCAGUGAUCGAUGAUAAGUUUGUAUUGUUAUUGUAAAUAAUAGGUUGGUUAUCAAAACUUGUGUGUACUUGCAUAAUUUACCUUCGAAUGAUUCUAAAAUAAAAUUGUACAGAAUAGUCGAACAUGUUAAAUAUAUUGUUUUUUUUUAAUAUA